AUGGAGUUACCUAAAGGCAUAUGCAAUUUACUCAACUUGCAGCAUCUUGAUAUUAUCGGCACAACAAAAUUGCAAGAGAUGCCACCACAUAUUGGUAAUUUAACUAGUCUCAGAGUGUUGACCAAGUUUGUCAUUGGGAAAGGCAAUGAACAGAUAACAGAGUUGAAGAAACUUUCUGAUCUACAAGGGCAGCUUCAUAUUACAAGUUUAGAGAAUGUGGAAGUGGAAGAUAUUCGAGAUGUAGGUGUUGCCAAUUUGAAGGAUAAGCCUGGUAUUACUGAACUAUGCUUGGAAUGGAUUGAUAAAUUUUCUUCUGAUUUGAGAAACUCAAGUGAUGAAGAACAAGUUCUCGACUCACUACGGCCACAUCGAAGACUGUCAAGCCUUUCAAUUACAUCAUUUGGUGGAAGGGAAUUCUCAUCUUGGCUAGGAGAGUUCUCAUUCUCUAGCAUGGUGCAGGUGAAGCUGAGCAACUGUUGUCAAAUUACAUCAUUGCCACCACUCGGACGAUUAAAGUCAUUAAAAAAGUUGAGCAUAGAAAGUUUGAGUGGAGUGAAAGAAGUGGGUGUUGAGUUUUAUGAGGAUGAUUCAUGUUUUUCUUGUUUGGAAGCACUAGAGAUUAGUAAUAUGGGUCAGUGGGAUCUGUGGGCUUGGCAUAAUGGUGUGGGUGGAGAUUCCGUGGCAAAAUUUCCAAAGCUGCAUGAACUUCGAAUACAAAGUUGUCCCAAGUUGGUUGGAAAAUUGCCCACCUUCCUUCCUUCCCUUGAAAAACUUGUUAUUAGUAACUGCCUGCUGUUGGUUGAUUUACCAGCAGUGCUACCUUCCCUGAAAAACAUUCAUAUUUCUAAUUGCCCUCAGUUAGUUGAUUUACCAGAAGUGCUUCCCUCUCUUGUAACACUCUCUAUUAGAAGAUGUCAAGAGGCAGUUCUCAGGAGAGUGACUAAUGCCACCUCUCUUAUUAGUCUAAAGCAUUUGGAAAUCAAAGGAUGUAAUGAGCUUGUGUCAUUGGUAGAUGGAAAGGAAGGGCUUUUGCCUUGCAACCUUGAAAUUCUGAACAUACACGUGUGUCCAAAUUUGAAGGAGUUGCCAAGUGGACUGAACAACCUCAAAUCUCUCAAAGAUUUGAGUAUAAGCCAAUGUGGAAGUUUAGUCUCCUUCCCAGCAAGGGGUUUGCCACACAGCUUGAUCCGUCUUCGUAUCGAUAACUGUGAUUCUUUGGCAUCUUUGCCGGAGGGAAUUGUGUCUCACAGUGGCGCGACGUCUCAUCUGGAAGAAAUACAUAUCUUUCGAUGUAAAUCUCUCAGGUAUCCUUCAAAUGGCAAGUUUCCUGAUUCCCUAAAGACUCUUCAUAUUCACAACUGGGCGACACAAUUAUUAAACUCGCUACAGCUUUCGCAUCUCACAGUAUUACAAAUACGGAACUGUCCUCAAUUAGAGUCGUUUCAAGGGAGGGAAUUGCACAUGCCCACUCUUGUCUCUUUGGAAAUCUUUGGCUGUGAAAGAUUGAGAUCUUUAUCUAGUCAUAUGCAAAACCUCCAGAGUCUACAAAAUUUAACAAUAUGGAACUGUCAUCAGUUAGAGUUCUUCCCAGAGGUGGGAUUGCCCAACCCCAAGCUUGUCUUUUUUCAAAUUGAUCAGUGCAAAAAUAUGAGGUCUCUACCCAAUCAGAUGCAAAACUGUUGGAGGUAA